UUGGAUCGUCGAUGUCGGAUUCGUAUUGAUUGUGCGUCUGAUAAAUUAAUGAGUUUAUGUUAUGCUUUCGUUGGUGUUGUUCUUCAAAUAGAAUACAUUACUGUAUCAUCUAAGUUUAAGUGCUUACUGUGAUCUCGCAACUAUGAAUCUUGAAACGAAUAGGCUGAAUACUUUUAUAAAUUGGCCUGGUUCAGCCCCUGUCGAUCCGAUUAGAAUAGCAAAAGCGGGAUUUUUCUAUACGGGGCAGGGAACCGAAGUGGAAUGCUUCAGCUGCGGCGGCAAAAUAUCGGAUUGGCACUACGGUGACCAGGCUAUGUGGCGCCAUCGAAGGAUGGAUCCGAAUUGUGCUUUUGUUUUGAAUCCAGGAUUGUCUGGUAAUGUGCCAUUAGUUUUAAGCAGAGAAUGCACUCCAGCGCAACGAAACCGUUCCGAAACAGACAAUAUACAGGGGCCGGAUGUGCCUCAAGACUAUGGACUGACUGAAGAAGAUGAACUAUAUAAAAGUUAUGUGCUGCGACUACUAUCAUUCGUUAAUUGGGAAGAUACCUCAGUAUCGCGGGAAGCAUUAGUCAGUGCUGGUUUCUACCAUGUAGGUGGAGGGAGGGUCCGUUGUGCUUGGUGCGGGGGUGAGCUCGCUCCAUUCAGCAGCCUAGGAUCACUUGGAUCACCUCUGGAAGUUCAUAGAAUGUAUUUCCCCCGUUGCUCACUUGCGACGACUUUAGCUAAUGAGAGGCAAAAUAUACAAAUAUCAACCACAUCACAGAAUACUCCUACCCUAGAAAUGCCGUUAGUAAAUACAACAGUCAAAGGACCUACAUCGGCAGCAGAGCAGAACGAGCGUGUAGUGGCGGCUGGAGGGGCGUGGCGGGAGUUGGGCGUGGUCGGCGGCAGCGCGCGCCAUCCCGACAAGGCGUCCCUAGCGGCUAGACUAGCGACCUUCGAGCGCUGGCCGGCGAACAGACCGCAGGAUCCUCGAACACUGGCCGACGCGGGGUUCUUCUACACAGGCGUCGAUGAUCAGGUGCGAUGUUUCUACUGCGACGGUGGUCUGGCGAAGUGGGAGGCGGGCGACGGGCCGUGGUCGGAGCACGCGCACUGGUUUCCAACCUGCGGGUACAUACUGCUAGUCAAGGGACAGGAGUUCAUCGAUACUUGCCGGAAACGGAAUGGAACGUCUUCAACUGACGGUGGGCAUACAACUAGAACUAUGACGAGUGUGAAUUUCUCAGACUCGAACAGAGACCGUGGUCGGGCCAUGAGAACUAGAUCGAGUAUAAAUUUCCCCAUCACUGAAAGCCAGGUUGAAGAGGGCAUGUGCGGUCCGUUCGCGGCCGCGGCUCUGGGGGCGGGGCUUGACGCAGCGCGCGUGCGCCGCGCCAUCUCACGUCGGUUGCGUGCCACAGGUGUCCCGUUCACAUCGUCUGAGGCUCUGAUAGACGCGGUGUUAGACGAACAGCUAAACGAGGAGGCGUGGAGUGAGACGCCGCAGAGCAGCCGCCUGGCGAGAGACAUUCUGGCGGAGACACUGUCGGAGUUCCUGCCUAACUCUGGGGUCUCAACCGAUGAAAGAUCAGACAGCCAAGAAUCUCACUACGAAAGUCCCAUCCGUACUCCCACACCGAAUACGACACCUAGACGACUGUGCCCUGUGCCCGUAACAAGUGAAGAGCCAAGAGAAACCCAAGAUACUGUUCCAGAGGAGAAAAAACAAUUGACGCUAGAAGAAGAAAAUAGACAACUGAAAGAGGCGAGAUUGUGUAAAGUGUGUAUGGAUAACGAGGUGAGCGUGGUGUUCCUGCCGUGCGGGCACCUGGUGUCGUGCGCGGGGUGCGGCGCGGCGCUGGCGGCGUGCCCGCUGUGCCGCGCCGCCGUGCGCGCACUCGUGCGGGCCUACCUCGCCUGACCCCGCCCCGUGCGCUCCGCCCAGGUAUUCGGUUUUGGUAAACGCAAUGAAAAUACUAUUUUGGUCCAAUAAGGAUUGAGGUUAGAGUCCGUUUCGCUGUUCCUAUGUAAUUAUUUAUUGUUGACAUAUUUUCGCAGUGCCACUUUUAUCAUGUUAUAAUAUCACAAACUGAUCAGAAAUUGAAAAUACUUUUACACUUUUGUGGCUUUUUAAAUGAUAUUUUACUAUAAACUUAAAAAAACAUUGAUUUUUAAACGCAUGUCUGAUUUUCUUUAUCUAUGGAGUAACUGAACUUUUUAAUUAACAUUUUUGGAGUAAUCUCUGAUUUAAUAAUAAUUACUGAUACUGUAACUCGAGUUAAUCGUUUCAAAUAGUUUUUAGUUUACCACUAAGCAAAAAUGAAUAAUGAACAUGCAGUAAUUAAAAUGUAAGGAAAUCAUAUUAAUUAUAUUGUCCUGUUUACAAGGUAAAAUAUAAACUAAACUAAAACUGUGGAAUUACAAAUCGCAUUAUAAUAAAAGUAAAAUAAAAUAUAUAAGUUCUAGCCACGCCGCUUAUAUGCAGAUUAUGUUUUAUUUAAUGCAGAUUAUGAUUGCUUUCAAAUGAUAUGACCAUAAUAACGGUAGGCAGCUGUAAAAAGAUUUUAAUUAUUGUAUUUGCUUAACUCUAUGAAUAAAAAAUAGAACUAACUAAAUGUUGUCUGUACUUAAAAAUUGAUCUGCAUCUUUGCUUCAUUUCCAAAACAAAUUAUGUUCAAAUACGCAAUAAUAGAAAAAU